AAUUGAAGAGAAUAUCUGACUAACUUUAUAGUUUCUUUUUGUGUGUCACUAAAUAAGGUAUCACUAGACACAAUACUUUAUUAAACGACCGUGAUCCAAGUUCAACGUAACCUUUUUUGUUUGGCGUGUAGUAAGAGACGUGUAAAAAAUGGCUAUUCGACCGGUAUACAGGCCUAAAAUUGUGAAGAAGAGGACGAAGAAGUUCAUUCGUCAUCAGAGUGAUCGUUAUAGUAAAUUGAAGAGAAACUGGCGUAAACCCAAAGGUAUUGACAACAGAGUUCGUAGGCGCUUUAAGGGACAAUAUUUGAUGCCCAACAUUGGUUAUGGUAGCAACAAGAAAACUCGUCACAUGCUACCAACUGGUUUCAGAAAAGUUCUGGUACACAAUGUUAAGGAAUUAGAAGUUUUAAUGAUGCAAAACAGAAAAUUCUGUGCUGAGAUCGCUCAUGGAGUAAGUAGUAAAAAACGUAAAUCCAUUGUUGAACGUGCUCAACAACUUUCAAUAAGGGUAACUAAUGGCAGCGCAAGAUUACGUUCUCAAGAAAAUGAGUAAAAACAUUCUUUCUUGAUUUAAUAAUAAAAUAUUUAAAGUAU